CCCGUGCCGAAUGAGACAGUUACAGCUCUGCCACAAUGACGCAGCGUGGAGAAAUACAGGCCGGCUACGACAGCAGAGACCUCUGGAGGAAAAGGUGGACUGCGUUUCGGGAAAGGUGUUCUUCACCGCUGAGGCGGAGCUGAGCGACCUGAAGAAGCUGAAGUCUGGAGAGCGAUUAUUUUUGCUGCUUAAGAAACAUGCCCCGCUCCCCGUCUCCAGAAAUAAAGGGAAAGUGUUGCAUGAAAUUAAAAGCCUUGUCAUUGAGGAACCAAGAUACUGGCAUGAUAUUAUCUCCGUUUGGAAAAAUCUUCAUGGACACAAGGAGAAAAAAGAACAUGUCUCUCAGGAAAAUCCCUUGCCUCUCAAGAGAAAAUCAGAAGAAGAGAUGAAUAUUGCAACUAAAAGACAGAAGACGGAGACUCAUUUUGAGGAAUGUCAAGCAGGAGCUGGAGAGAGCUGUGCGGUAACAGGGAGAAAGAGCGAUCAGGAUUUUCAGGCUGAAAGUAAGACUUCUCUAGAAGACCCUUCCAAAAGCAGUGAAGAGAAAGCCAUUGAAAAUGAGAAGCAUAGCUUCAGUUUCAGAGUGUCUUGUCGCUGUAGUGGAGCAAUUGCCAAAAUAUUUACUUCUCAGGAUCUGCGGAAUCCAGAUCUAGAGAUCUUUGUACAUCUAAAUGACAUCCACUCUGUGGUGGGGAUUCCCCUUUUCAGGCUUCCAUUGGCAAACAGGGAGUAUAUCAAAACAGCAGGACUGCGAUCAACAAUUGCAUGGGCCAUGGCAUCUCUGGCUGAAAUCAGUGCUGGUGCCUUUGUGCUGGAUCCAAUGUGUGGCUUAGGAACGAUACUACUGGAAGCUGCAAAAGAGUGGCCUGAAGCCUGUUACUGGGGUACAGAUAUAAGUGAUUCACAGUUAGAGGGUGCAUAUGUGAAUAUUAGGACUGCAGGCUUGGUGGAUAAGAUUGAGUUACUUAAAGCUUCUGUGAAAGCAUUGCCAUUGCCUUCAGAAAGCUUUGAUACUGUGAUUUCGGAUAUUCCAUUUGGGAAGAAGUUCAAGAUCACAAAAGACAUACUGCUUCUACCAGAUAUCCUCCAGGAGAUGGAGAGAGUACUUCGUGUUGGAGGGACUGUUGUAUUGCUGCUCAGUCAAGAUCUCCGUAAGCACGUGGAUGGCAUUACGAAGCGUGUUGAAAAUGAUGGGUCUCCUAAUGCUGUUUCUGAUGGUGCAAAUGAAACCGCUGCUGUGAAAGCCGUGAAUAUCGAUGGGAGUUCUUCCUCUGCGGCGAAAGGUGUUGAACCCUUUCUGAGCAGCAGACAGAUGUGUUUUGGGUCUCUGGUGCCAGAUGGUGUCUAUGGGGUUAGCCUGGGAAAGACAGAUGCUUUCAUAUACAAAUACAAGAAGAUCUCUACUGCUGGGAAUCGGUAGCUUUCUUGUGCUGUGCCUGAGUGACCUUGAAUCGUGAUACACCUGAAAGCAGCAUGGUGGUGAGCCAGUGGAACCCUGCUAGUACAAAGCCUGUACUAUUUGUUAGCUCACCUUAUUUUAUUUGGAUGUGAUAAGGUAUUUGUUUUCCCUCUCCUCGGUAUUUGGGAGAGGUAGAAGGUACCUGCUAGUGUUUUGAUUUGUUGUAAAAUACUGUAAUGAGGCAGAGUCCUCAAAUCCAUGUUCAAGCAAAACCUCUCAUUAUCAGGGGGAGUUUCUUUGGGAGACAAGGAUUUUGUCUGCAGCAGUACAAAAAUUUGGGAAUAUUAAAUGUAAAUGGAUUUUCACCUUGAGCAAUUAUUUUUAGGAAGCGCUUGUCUGAAGACGUCUCUCGCUCUUCUUGAGGGCUGGUUGUCCGCUCUGCCUCUGUGCGCAUUGCGGUCUUGGAUUAUUUUAAAGCUAGUUUGAAAUGUUGCUAUUCAGAACUAUUGGAGUGGAAAAUAAACUAUUUUCUAUAUAAAUUCUUUGCAGCUGUAGCAUGUGCCUAACAGGCCCUUUAUGCUUCAGUUUCAGUGUGAAGAGACAUAUCUCUAUAGCAAGUGGUGCUUUUCCUUACUAGAUCAUGUUACUCUAAGGACAUAACGUGGAAGAUGGGGAAAACUUUCAGGAUGGGGGAGCAGUUGAAGGUGACUUCUGUCUGCAAAGAAGCAUAUGGAAAAACUCUCCUGAAGAGAGAGUUUAGUCUAUGCAAAAGGUAUUUUGGAGGGGACAGCCUUAACUCAAGGCUUUCUCACAGCUGCUCGGCCAACAGUGAAGAAUUUCUACAAAGAAUUAUUGCAAAUUGCUUUCAGAUGAUAUUUUGGACAAGCAUUUGCAGCUUGGCAAGCUGGGAUGGGAUCAUGCAUUGUGCUCCUCUGCCUCAAUCAGUGCAGAGACAGCGUUUAACAGCAUCUGUGCAUGGUGUGGUUUUUUGUUUGUGGGGUGGGUGGGUGUGGUUUUUUCCUUCUGAUUCUGAAAAGGUGCUUUGGCUGGGCAAGGAAAGAGACUUUAAUCAUCAGCUUAACUGCGCUUCUGGAGAUUAAAACUUUCUGUUGUUAAGAACUGCUUGUGGAGCCCCUCCACCUUGAUACAGUGCUAAGGUGUCUUUUCAAUGAGAUCAUCGUGCUCGUGGGAAGAGGCCCCUGGAGGCCUCCAGCCUCCCUGUUGGAGCAAGACUAUUGCCAGGGGUAGAUCACAUCAGCUGAGGCUUUGUCCAGCCAAGUCUUGAAAACAUCCAAGGAUGGAGUUUCUCACCUGUACGUGUCCCAGGGCCAGACUACCUUCCUAGGGGAGAAGUUCUCCUAAUGUAUGAACCUCCUAAGCUGCAAUUUUUGGCUGUUGUCCCUUGUUACAUUGUCUGAUACUGCAAGAGUUUGGCUCUGUCAUGUCUAUAGCUCUUUCAAGAUGUUGUUGGUUCCCAUCAGAUUUUUCCCCCUCAGCCUCUUUUUCACCAGACUAGCCAAGCCCAGCUCCCUUCCCUCACCGGUGCUGUGCUCCAGGGCCCUGACUGCCUAGGUAGCCCUCUGCCAGCCCCUCUCCAGUUUCUCCACGUCCCUCCUGAACUUGAGGACCCAACACUGGACACAAUCCAGGUGGGGCCUCACCACUGAUGAACAGAAAUAAUUCCCCUGGCCCUGUGGCUCCUAAUGCAGCCCGAGAUGGGGUUUGCCUUACCCAUGGUGGGGGUACACCACUGGCUCGUGGUCAGCCCACUGUCUGCUGUAACCUGCAACCCUUCUCAGCAGGGCAGCAGCUCAGCGCAGAGCUCCCAGCCUGGCCUGAUGCACAGGGUUAUCCUGCCCCCAGGUGCAGAGCUCCAUGUCUCCUCCUUGAAUGUCACAAGGUUUUUGUUGACCCAGUGCUCAAGUUGCCUGAGGCCCCUCUGGAUUGAAGUUCUGCCACUCAUCAUGUUAGCCAUAUUUUUUUUCCCUCCCCUUCACCCAAAGUGGAAUCAAGAUUUUUUUUUUUUCCUCAAACCUUCUUGGUGUUGUUAGAUUACUGUUUAAUGAUCUAGCGCUCAGCUUAUCCAGUCAGGAUCAAGACCCAUCAAGUAGUGUAAAUGCAUCUGGAGAGAGUAUUUCUGCCUCAAGGUGGUUACUACAGAAGACAGGCUAAGUAAACAGGUAGGAGCUGACUGUAACAGGACCUAACUGUUAGGUGAGAAACACUGCUCUGUGCUCAGUGAUAGAGCAAAGUGCAGAAAUGUAGGGAAGACCAGCCGCAAAGCUGUGCUUAGCUUUGAUUUAUCCUGCUGCUGUUU